AUGCAAAGAUGUCCAAAGAGGAUACCUUCAACCAUCUCAUUCUCUGUUUUGACUGCCGUGCUACUUGUGUGGUUUGUUUUGGAAAACUUUGUCCUUGACAAACACGUGCGGUACAUCCUCAUCAUCUACCCGGUUGUUAUUUGGGCACUGUGCGGAAACCUGUUCAAGAACUAUGAUGCCAAAUCGCCCAACCGUAAUGGCAUCUUCAUUGCUGUGCUGCUGACUUUAGCCCUGGUGCUGUUCGGAUUGUUUUGGUGGUUUGGAGACACAUCAGACAGCCGCUCUACACAAAUAUCAAUCCCGAAGCCAUGGAACCAACGGAGAUUGCUGAAAAACAGAAAAAGAUAUUUCGCUAAACAUUUUUACGUUAGGUCAUGUAUGAUAGAAAGGAGUUGUGCCAAAGUUUAG